UGACAAAAUGGAACCCACCAGCAGUGUGAGGAGACCUGAAAGUGGCACAUGGCAGAGUGUGGCGAUGGAGACAGCAGCAAUGGGAGGCCGUACAGGGACCCAUGACACACUCUGGACCUGGCAGCAGCAUGAGGAGGCGGUACGGGGGCCCAUGGCAGAUUACGGGCCUGGCAGCAGCAAUGGGAGGCCAUACAGCACCCUAUGACAAAAUGGAACCCACCAGCCGUGUGGGGAGACCUGAAAGUGGCACAUGGCAGAGUGUGGCGAUGGAGACAGCAGCAAUGGGAGGCCGUACAGGGACCCAUGACACACUCUGGACCUGGCAGCAGCAA